AUAUCGACGAAUGUGAAUCCGACCCGUGUGAAAAUGGCGGUGUUUGUAGCGACGCCACCAAUGCUUUUACCUGCGCAUGCCCAGACGGUUUCAUUGGUGACAGAUGCGAGGAAGAUAUUGAUGAAUGCGAGUCCAGCCCCUGUCAAAAUGGCGGCGUCUGUACGGACGGCGUCAACUCUUACACGUGCGCAUGCGCAGAUGGAUUUACUGGCGACAACUGUGAAAACGACAAUGACGAAUGUGAGUCCAGCCCCUGUCAAAAUGGUGGCACCUGCAAGGACGGCGACAACUCCUAUACCUGCACAUGCGCAGAUGGGUUUACCGGCGACAACUGUGAAAAAGAUGUGGAUGAGUGCGAGUCUAGCCCGUGUCAAAAUGGCGGCGUCUGUACAGACGGCAUCAACUCGUACACGUGUGCAUGCGCAGAUGGGUUUACUGGCGACAACUGUGAAAAUGACAAUGACGAAUGCGAGUCCAGCCCGUGUCAAAAUGGCGGCACCUGCAAGGAUGGCGACAACUUCUAUACCUGCACAUGCGCAGAUGGGUUUACCGGCGAGAACUGUGAAAAAAACGUGGAUGAGUGCGAAUCUAGCCCGUGUCAAAAUGGCGGCGUCUGCACGGACGGCAUCAACUCGUACACGUGCGCAUGCGCAGAUGGUUUUACUGGCGACAACUGUGAAAACGACAAUGACGAAUGUGAGUCCAGCCCCUGUCAAAAUGGCGGCACCUGCAAGGACGGCGACAACUCCUAUACCUGCACAUGCGCAGAUGGGUUUACCGGGCAGAACUGUGAAAAAAACGUGGAUGAGUGCGAAUCUAGCCCGUGUCAAAAUGGCGGCAGCUGCACUGACGGCGUCAACUCUUACACUUGCGCAUGCGCUGACGGGUUUACAGGCGACAGAUGCGAAAAAAACGUGGAUGAGUGUGAGUCCAGCCCGUGUCAAAAUGGCGGCAGCUGCACUGACGGCGUCAACUCUUACAUGUGCGCAUGCGUGGAAGGGUUUACUGGCGACAGAUGUGAACAAAAUGUUGACGAGUGUGAGUCCAACCCGUGUCAAAAUAGCGGCAGCUGCUCUGACGGCGUCAACUCUUACACUUGCGCAUGCGUGGACGGGUUUGCAGGCAACAGAUGUGAAGAAA